GUGAUCUAGUGCGAUUGCGUCUUUUGUCAAUUUUCUGUUUGGCGCGUAUCGUCCAUUACUGUAGAUAGAACUGACGGGUGAAGCGGCUUGGGCUUGUUCGUUUGGAAUCUCUAAUUGUACUUGAAAUAGAAAGAGGCGAUUUAUUAAAAUGGCUGGAGGUAAAGCUGGUAAGGAUUCCGGUAAGGCAAAAGCAAAAGCCGUUUCCCGUUCUGCACGAGCUGGAUUGCAGUUUCCGGUGGGCAGAAUACAUCGGCAUCUAAAAAAUCGCACAACAAGCCAUGGCCGCGUUGGAGCUACCGCAGCUGUGUAUUCAGCAGCAAUUUUGGAAUAUCUAACGGCUGAGGUUCUCGAAUUGGCUGGAAAUGCGUCUAAAGAUCUCAAAGUCAAGAGAAUCACUCCUCGCCAUUUACAGUUAGCUAUACGAGGAGACGAAGAGUUGGACAGCCUAAUUAAAGCUACGAUUGCGGGCGGUGGUGUCAUUCCGCACAUCCAUAAAUCAUUGAUUGGCAAGAAAGGAGCUCAUUCACAACCAGCUUAGGGUUACGAUUCUUAAAAUGUAUAGUUUUUUUUUUAAAUAUUAGAGUUUAAUGUGUCAAUAAUGUGUUUUAAUAUUGUUGAGCACAUUUAUUGUUGUAAGAAAAAUUAUCCAUUAUUUGACCAUUCUAAAACUUUGGUAAUCAGACAAAUUUCGUAGUUUUAGGUUGCUCGUGUAAUAUUCACAAACCUUACAUGAACAAUCAUUCCAUAAAUGUGCCUUGAAAGUAAUUUACUUUUAAUAUUGAAAAAUGUUCAUGCAAGAAUCCCAUUGUUUUAGUUAGCAUAUUAGUUUGAUAAUUUCUAAUUACCAAGUUGUGUUCUUUAUAUUUUGAGAAAUAAAUACUUUCUUGUAUCAUUAGGUAUGACCAUUGUUUAAAUACUUAAGGUAUUAUAUUGUUAGUGUGUCUAAUGUGUAAUGUUCACUUUAGCACAACUGCUAAAGUGGGGACUGCUUGUAUUUUUGGGCUGCUGUUGUAUGACAUUGUAUGAUAAUGAUAAAGCUGCUCAUAGGUUCAA